AUGGCUACUACUCAUGCAGCGAUUGUGACUGUUGGGCCAGGGCUGCCGCUGGAGAUUCAUCAAGUCCCCACGCCAAAACCUACCGAGAACCAAGUUCGAGUCAGAAAUGAAUGGACUGCGUCAACACCACUCGAUUUACACGAGGCAGACGGCGGGCUUCUUGUCGAACACCCCCAAGUUUUGGGUGAUGGAGUUGCCGGGACAGUGGUUGAGAUUGGGUCGGAUGUCACUAGAUUGAAUGUCGGCGACAAAGUGUUCGGUUUCACCUGGCGAGGCCAAGCCGAGAAAGCCCACCAAGAGUUCGUGGUUGCUCCGGAGUUCCUCUUCGGCAAGCUUCCAAACGGCGUGACCAUGCAACAAGCUGUCACUCUCCCCAACAAUUUCGUGACCGUAUGGCACACGUUUACCAAAGACUUUGGGUUCGAAUUGCCCUGGCCAAAGCCCGAAGGUUACGUCCCAGAAAAGGCUGAUCAAGGCAUAUUGGUCUGGGGAGGAAGUAGUAGCGUCGGUCAAUAUGCAUUGCAGGUCCUGAAGUGGUACGGAUACAGGAACGUGAUUGCCACAGCAAGCAAGCGCCAUCAUGAAAAGCUGCAACGUUAUGGUGCUGUCAAAUGCUUUGAUUACAGAGACACCGACGUCAUCAAAAACAUAUUGGACUUUGCCAGUUCUCCAGUCGGGAGACGCAUAUCCUAUAUUUAUGACUGCAUUGGAAGUCUCAAGGGAAGUGUCAAGCCUGUGGCCAAGAUUGCCAAUUCAGGGGCGAAAGUGGCUAUCUUGCUACCUGUCAUUGUCAAAGAUGCAGCAAAGGGUGUCAAGCCCGAGUAUGAGAUGGAUGUGAAGAAAUGUGCAAACUGGCAGUCAGGCGUCGAGGCUGUGGGCGUCAGAACGCAUUUCUACCUCGAAAACAAGUUUCUUGCCGACAAACUGCAGCCAGAGAUCAUGCCGACGCUGUUAGGAAACGGCAUAAUCGAGCCGAAUGAACAGGUUAUUGUGGAAGGCAAGACGAUGCUGGAGAGAGCAGAAAAAGCCUUGUCGAUGUUGAGAGAUAAAAAGAUCAGUGGAGCAAGGUUGGUCUGGAAGGUGUCGGACAGUUGA